UCGGUCCAGACGGGUCAAAAGGUUCUCCAAAGCAUCUCUACAGAAGCCUGGAUGGACCAAAGAGGAGGCAAGGAUGAUGAUGGAUGAGCUCCUGCGGCGCUUGGUGAAGGAGCGUGGAGCCAGCAGCUGGUCCUCGGUGGCGUUGUCCUUCAGGGGUCAUAGGUCAGAGGUGCAGUGUCAGAGACGCUGGCAGCAGAUCAAGAACCCAGAGUUGGUCAAAGGCCCAUGGACCCAGGAGGAGGACCGGCGGGUCAUGGAGCUGGUCCAGAAGUACGGUGUGAAGCGCUGGUCGCUCAUCGCCAAACAUCUCCACACUCGCAAUGGGAAGCAGUGUCGAGAGCGCUGGCACAACCACCUGAACCCAGCGGUGAAGAAGAGCUGGACGGCCGAGGAGGACCGGGUGGUGUGCCAGGCCCACAGGUUGCUAGGCAACCGCUGGGCUGACAUCUCCAAGCUGCUACCUGGCAGAACAGACAACUCCAUAAAGAAUCACUGGAACUCCACCUUGAAGCGGAAAGUGGAGAAGGAGGGUUACCUGCACUUCCUGCAGCUGCACGGCUCAAGCUCCGCCUCCAGACCUGGGACGAGGAACCACACGUCCCGCAGAGCCCAGUCUAAGGCUGACAGUCUGUCCACCAUCAAAUGAGUCCAGCUUCUCCUCCAAUCAGAGCACCUGCAGACCGCAUGGAAGCUCCACCCACCUGUGUUCCACCUGGGCCCCCACUUCCUGCUCAGGCUGCAAGCAGGGCGCGUCCACCGAGCUAAUGGAGAUGAAGUCCUGCUCGUCCCAGAACCUGGAGGCUUGGAGCUACCAGGAAAUGACAUCACAACCCUUCUCCAGAGGCGCCGCUGCUCAGAGAGGACUCGCCGUCCGUCAUCGACCUGAGCAGGAG